GUGAGAGCUCUCAGUAGGCGCACGACCGCCCAGUGGUUAAUUUGUAAUCCAAAAGCGGAAUACUUUUAGGAAUCUUAAGAUAAAGCCGCCGAAAUGACUUUCGAUUCAAGUCAACCGCAGAAGUUAAGUGUUUUUAGUGCGCGCUACCGAUGGCAAUUUAUUGCCACCAUGACGGUGCACAUUAUGACGCUGACCCAUGGAAUUGCCGUGGGAUGGUUGUCGCCCUCUCUACGACUCCUCGGUUCCGACGAAAGUCCUCUGGGAGAACCACUGACCAUUGUCGAGGCCUCAUGGGUUGGAUCACUUAUCGGCCUAGGCUCGCUGACUGGCAAUAUAAUAUUUGGACUGCUACUCGAUCGCUUGGGUCGUAAAAUGUGCAUGUAUUUCCUGGCCAUACCUAAUAUGAUGUAUUGGAUCCUUAUCUAUUGCGCGCAGGACGUCACGUAUCUUUAUGCUGGAAGAUUUCUGGCGGGAAUGUCCGGUGGCGGCUGCUAUGUAGUUUUACCCAUAUUCAUAGCGGAGAUAGCCGAUAAUAGCGUUCGCGGAGCCCUGUCGUCCAUGGCCAUGAUGUACGUAAGCAUCGGCAUGAUCGUGGGCUUUACACUGGCCUCGUACCUCUCGUAUUACCUGAUGCCGUGCAUUAUCGUCGCCCUGCCAGUGGUGUUUAUGUUGGCAGUUAUUGGCUUGUCGGAGACACCACAGUAUUUGCUGAGGCAUGGGCGCGAUGACCAGGCGGAAAAGUCCUUCUACUUCUACAAGAAUCUAAAGCCACCUACUACAUCUGACAAGGAGGCUUCUAAGCAUGACGCGGCUAAAAUAGAGUUCGACACCUUUCGGCUUCAGGUUCUUAGCGGUGGUGUCACCGAGAGCAUUUCUUGGCGAGAUUUCAUCAACGUUCCGACCCUUAAGAUAUUCGGCCUGAUCUUCGUGCUGAUCAUCUGCAAUCAGCUGUCAGGGAGCUUUGCCAUCUUCAACUACACAUCGCACAUCUUUGCGGAGCUGGGCAACAAACUGGACCCGAACACCUGCACCAUUGUGGUGGGAGCUGCCCAGCUGGUGGGCAUCUUCAGUGCUGUGGCCCUGGUGGACCGCCUGGGACGUCGUGUCCUGCUGCUCACCUCAAUGGGUGGCAUGGGCUCCGGUGAGCUGGCCAUCGCUCUGCUGAAGUGUUUCGCCUCGCCGGAGUUCCUGGACCAGAAUGGCUGGCUGCCCUUGGUAAUAAUGUGUUUCGUGGCCUGCAUUGCAUCACUCGGAGUCAUAGCCCUGAUCUUCAUCAUAAUUAUUGAGCUGCUUCCAGCAAAAAUUCGCUCCAUUGGCACCUCCUUGAGCAUGGCCACCUUCAGCGGAUUUAUCUUUGUGAGUCUGAAGAUCUACCCCACCAUGAUCUACGAUCAGGGCCUGGCUGCCACCAUGUUCAUGUCGUCGGGCAUGUGCCUCUUUGGAUUCAUUGUCUUGGGACUGUUUCUGCCGGAGACCAAAGGAAAGCUGAUGACGCACUGAUGACAUCAACCUCGGCCCAGCGGCCACGCCACAUUGUUGCUUUUGUUGGCGGUGCGAACCCAUUGCAUAAGCUGCGGGAUCCCAAAUGCUCCCAUGUCAAGAGUACUCACUCAAUAAUUUGUGGCACAAUGGCGGCUACGGCUCAUCCUGAACUCUUGAACUUAAUUCAAUUUUCGAGCACUGCGGUUUUCUUUCGGAUUUCUAUACAUAGAAAUUCAAUUUCAUUUUGCUGGGGGAAAGUCUUGCGGCUGUGAUCUCGUGAUUGAUAAGCGCAAAAAUUGUAAAUGAAUAGGCUUAAGUUAUUUAUAGUUAUUAUCUACUUCAAUAUAUUAGUUUGUGAUUGUAAAAACUGUAGUUGAGUAAAGAUUUAUUUUUAAAAGUAAGCUAAUAAAGGAAAAAGUGACUAGUCGUUUACAAGACAA